AUGGCCGAGGUGGACGUGCCCACCUUUGGCGCAGAGCUAAAGGAUGGCUUCAAGGCGGCCAACGCCUGGGUCAACAAUGGCAUUACCUGGCUCGACGAGAUCCAGCAGUUCUACCGCGAUCGCGCCGCCAUCGAAAAAGAAUACAGCGCAAAGCUCGAUGCGCUGGCCAAGAAGUACUUUGAGAAGAAGAAUAGGAAGAUCUCUCAGCUGAGCGUUGGCGACACCCCGACUCUGACCCCCGGCUCGCUGGAGAGCGCUUCCUUGACGACCUGGUCCACGCAGCUUACGACGCUCGAAUCUCGCGCCUCCGAACACGAUCGCUAUGCAAACAACCUCCUCUCCCAAGUGGCCGAGCCCCUUAAAUUCUACAACAACCGCUUCGACGACUUGCGCAAGCGCCAUGCCGACUAUGCCGACAAGCUCGAAGCCAGCCGCGACGCCGUCUAUGCUGAUUUGCGCAAAAUAAAGACAAAGUACGAUGGCACAUGCCAAGAGCUCGAGAGCAAGCGCAAGAAGACCGAGUCGCACUACGACAAGGCCAAGGCCCAGAACGCCUACCAGCAGCAGCUUUUCGACAUGAACAACGCCAAGAACACCUACCUCAUCGCCAUCAAUGUUGCCAACAAGCAAAAGGAAAAAUACUACCACGAAUAUGUCCCCGAAGUCAUGGAUAGCUUACAGGACUUAAGCGAGUUCAAGACGCUCAAGCUCAACUUUCUGUGGGAUGUGGCGACUCGUCUGGAGAGCACCAUGCUUCAACAGAGCAACGGCAUGAUCGAGCAUCAAGGCAAGGAGAUCCAGAGGAAUCUGCCUCACUUGGACUCCAUGAUGUACAUGCGUCACAACAUGGGCGCCUUCCAAGAACCGGCAGACAAGGCCUUCGAACCAAGUCCCGUCUGGCACGACGACGACCUUAUGAUUGUGGACGAGACGGCUAAGAUCUACCUGCGCAACGUACUAACCAAAUCCAAGGGCCAGCUGGGGGAACUCCGGAGAGAGGUUGACAAGAAGCGCAAAGAGGUGGAAUCUAUGAAGCGGGUCAAGGAACGAGUUCGGGAAGGAAAGGAAAAGAAGGACGAGGUCGAAGUUAUCCGCACGCUGUUCGCCAUGCAAGAGGAUCUGAUUGCCGUGGACCAGAAACGGCUCACGGCCGAGGUCGAAACCACCACCAUCACAACUGCAGUUGGUGAUGUUACGCUGGGGGCAAAGAACCACAACUUUAAGAGCCAGACCUUCAAGAUACCGACCAAUUGCGACUUGUGCGGUGAUCGCAUCUGGGGCUUGAGCGCCAAGGGAUUCGACUGUCGAGACUGUGGCUACACAUGUCACAGCAAAUGCGAGAUGAAGGUGCCUGCGGAUUGUCCUGGCGAGCAGAAUAAGGAGGAGCGAAAGAAACUCAAGGCUGAGCGCCAGGCCGCUACCAACAAGCUCCUCACGCCCGACCCGGCGUCCAUGUCAAACGAGAGCCUGGCCCGAUCCAAUACCAUGAACUCGACCACCGCACCGGUUGCAGCCGUAAAGACUACAGCUGCAGCUCCCGCAAAGAGGAACAGAGUAAUUGCACCCCCUCCCACAGCGUAUAUCUCGGCUCCACCAGCGGGUAGCACCAAUGGCAAUGCGGAAAGAGAAGAAAAGAAGGGCAAGGUUCUGUACCAGUUUGAUGCCGGUGGUGAUGGAGAGCUGUCGGUAGCGGAAGGCAAAGAGGUGGUGAUAUUGGAACCCGAUGACGGCUCCGGCUGGAUCAAGGUUCGUGAUGGCUACAAGGAGGGUCUCGUACCGGCGACAUAUCUAGACCUCAACUUUACGCCGUCGACAUCCUCGGCAUCCGCUCGCCCAUCCUCCACCUACUCCACGUCAACAACAUCAUCGCUGGCGCUCAGCGCCGCGUCACGGAAGAAGGGCCCUGCGGUAGCGCCCAAGAGAGGCGCCAAGAAGCUACAGUAUGUGGAGGCUCUGUACGACUACACCGCUCAGAGCGACGCCGAGCAUUCCAUGACGGAGGGCGAGCGCUUCGUGCUGGUCAAGGAGGAUUCCGGGGAUGGCUGGGCGGAAGUCGAGAAGGCUGGUGUGACGGCCAGUGUGCCUGCUAAUUACAUCCAGGCUGUGUAG